UUAAUGUUUUUCAAGUAAGAAAUAAUCUAUAGCUAGCUUUGCUCGUUUUUUCACUCAGCCAUAACAAUUAGACAAUUUGAUAGCAAAUCCAGAUUGUGAUUUAGAAACGAUUUUAUCGACCGAUGGAAUUUUACAAGAAAUAAAGGGAUUAGGAGCUACAAAAUUUGCUGAUCAGUAUUAUAUUGAGCAUAACAAUAGUGUUAUACAGCAUCCAGAAAUGUAUUAAAAAAUGAUUGAUUACAUAAUAUAAUUUGAAGAGGAACUUAUUGACAAAAAAACUCAAAUUUAGUAAAUUUUAGAUUAUACAUUAAGAUAUCCAUUUUUAACAAGUGAGAUCUUGGGUAGUUAAAAUUAGAAAUUAAUUGAUUAUUUAUUUGAAGGUCCUGAGGAGGAAAAUGGAAAUUAAUAAAUACGUCAAGGUUUAUAUAACUAACUCUUGUCAUUUUUAGAAAAUGAUAUUUUGAAUGUUACUUCAGCAGGAUAUUUUGCAAAAGCAUUUAUAGCAAUAAUUAAGAAGAGAGGUUUUGAUGUAUAAAUUUUUAAAUAAUUAGGUUUGGGCAACGAUCAUUAAAAACAAAAAAAUACUUUCAAAUUUGAUAAAACAUAUUGAUAUUAAACACAUAGCAGAAAUAAUUGAAAAAUUAAUUAUAUUGGAUACAUCUUAAGAAAAUUAUGAAGAGAAAUUCUUUGAAGAAAGGAAAGAAUUAUUAGAAAGAAUAAUUAAAUUAUUAUAAUAUAAAUCCUAUAAUACAGAAAUAGUAGAUAAUGUUUGCGAAAUAUUAAUUGAAAUUACAACAAAGAGUAUGAGUUCUUUAUAUUAUAACAAUGGAGAAAUCAUACCAUUUAUUGAUAUCAUAAAAAAACCUGAAUUAUUUUUAAAACUUGCCUUAUAAACUUAGCGUAUAGGACCUUAUUAAUUAUUAAUAAAUUUAGUGGAAAUGCAAUCAAAAGAAACUAAAAAAGAGGAUGAUGAUGAAGUAGUUCAUAAUUUAGAAAAAGAUUAUUCAAUUUUUGAAUCUAUUUUACCAGAAUUACCUCAAAAUCUGUUAAAUCAAGAUUAUCAUACAAGCAAUUUUAUUAAUUCAAAUAGAUUAUUAAUUUAACCAUUUGGAUUAGCAAGAAUGCAUUUAUUAAAACUUAUUCAAGUUCUUGUUCAGUAAUUAUUACAUUAUUAAUAAGAACUAAUGAUUACAAAAUUAUAAAGAUUUUGAUAAACAAUAGACUUAUUGAAGCAUUGAAAAUAAUAAUUCUUUAGUAUGAGUCAAAUAAUCAAAUCCAUUCUUGUUGUGAUAAAAUAUUUAGAGCAAUAAUUGAUCUAAAUCAAGAUGAUUUUACUAAUGAUGUAAAGUAUUUUUAAUUCUUUCAAUAGAUUUUUGAAAAUAGCCAUCUUCUAAAUUAUAUUAUUUAAAAUCAUAAUACUGAAAAUACUAAGAAAGGUUUUAUUGGAUUUAUGACUUCAAUUUCUAAUUAUUUAGAAGAUAAGAGUAAAUAAAAUAAUAAAAUAUAAAAAUUACUUCGAAUCAGUAAAUUUUAAUAUUAAAUAAUAAUAGAUGAAUAAUGGUAGUAAUUUAUAGAAAAUAUUUUAAAUAAUAUCAAUUCAAAAGAGAAACCAUUUUUAUGUAAUGCAAAUCCAAGACCAAGUUAAGAGCCUGAUGUUUUAGAUGAACAAGAAACUGAUAACAUUUUGAACAUUUUAAGAGUAUUUAUUACAAUUAUAAAAACUGUUAGAAAUUUAAUAAUAAUUUUUAAAAGAAUGAUAAACAUGUUAUUAAUAAUGAAAAUACAGAAGGUGUUUAGAGAAAUACUGAAGUAUUGAAUGAAUUUGAGCAGGAUACUUAGGAUUAAGAGGAAGAAGUUUAAAAUGAGUAAGAUUAAGAUUUAUAGAAUGAUGAUUAAGAAUAAGAUGAUAUUUAAGUUAAUUAAGAAUAUAAUGAAAAUUAUUUCUGGAAAUUAGAUGUGAAUGAAAAAUUAGCUUAAGAAUUAUUGGAUAAUUUUGAAUGA